AUGGAUUCAGAAGGUGCAUCUCAAAUCAUAUCUGCCUUGGAAGUUAUAUAUACUCCAACCUCAAGUAAUGAAGAAAGAUUGAAAAGUCAGCAGUUUUUGGAUUCUGUUAAAUUACAAGACGAAUCGCCAUAUUGGGGCUAUCAAAUUGCUCUUAAUAACCCAACUAAUUUUAUUGUUAAGCACUUCGGUUUAGGUCUUCUAGCCGAUUCAAUAAAAACCAAAUGGAACAAAUAUGAUUCCGAAAAAAGAAUCACCAUAAGAAAAUAUAUAAUGGAAUUAAAUUAUAGAGUUCAAGAUCAAGAUCCACGUUACAUUAAAGAAAAACUGGCUUAUCUCUGGGUUGAAGUAGCCAAAAGAUCAUGGGGAGAAGCACUAAAGGGAACCGACCAAUCUCCACAGUUAUUAUUGGAAUCAUGGGUGGAUAUGGAUACCAACCUCACUGAACUAUGGGAAAUUAAUACUGCAUCUAGGGAAUUGACUCUAAUCAUCUUUCGAAUAUUAUUCGAAGACAUUUUUCUGUUAGACGAUAUGAUUGUUUUGAAAAGAAUGACCAUUAUUCAACCUCUAUGUGUCAUGCUAGUGUCUUCAAUGGAUAUGUUUGCUGCAAAAUACAAAUUUACUGAAAAAUGGACCCUUUUCAAAGCAACUCCAAAUGGUUGGUUCUCUAUAUGGAUAUCAGAAUUAAAUAACGCUUUGAUUGCCAAAAAAUCAGAGUAUGUUAUAAGAUUACUAGAGACUUUAAAAACUUGUUUAAAUUGGCCAUUAAGUAAUGUCAUUAUUGAAAAUGAUGUUUUAUCUACUCUAUUGCAAUGUUUUGUAAGUGGUAUCCCAAAAGCUCAAUCAAUGGCUUUAGAUUCGAUGCAUAUUCUUUUGACACGUCCAUAUAAUAAUGAAAAACAUUACCAGUUGGUUAUUAAUAAAGUCUUUGAUAGUAUGGAUAUUUUGGGUCAAGUUUAUGAUGAAUUGCAAUUUAACCCAAAAAUGGGUGUCAACGAGAUUAAUUACCCAAUUAUUAAGAAAUUUGUUGAUAUGAUCAGUUGUCUUUAUGUUUGUGUUUUUAAGGUUGAUGAUAAUAAUAAUCAAAUUGAAAAAUAUCUAAGAUUAGUUUUAAAAGCAACUUUCAAUCCAAGUUUAAUUGUUAGCGGUUUAACACUUGACUUAUGGUGUUCGUGUUUAAGAAAUGAUGAGUUUUUGCCUCUUUUGGAUAAAUUUGUGAUACCUGAACUAUUACAAUUCUCUGCAGAUGCAUUAGUAUACUAUGAACAAAUUGAUGACCAUGUUUCAAAAUUUUUCUCUGAAAUAGAUUUCCAGUCAAAAUCAGAAUAUCAAGCUUUUUGUUCGGGUUAUAGAAAGAAGAUUAGAGAUAUUAUUAGAUUGAUAUCUUGUGUAAAAUUGGAUUACACUUAUGAUUGGUUGAAUCUAAGAUUAAACAAUUAUUUUUCCACUCCAUAUGGACAGCAGGUCCUAAAUUCUACAUUUUUAGACAAUAAAACAGAGCCUUAUUUGGGAGCUUUAUCUCAAUUUAUGAUUAUAGAAUGUUUUAUUAAUGGGUGUAUACGAUGGAAGAUAUGGUACCCAAGUGAUAAAAGCGAUUACAAUAAAAAAUUGGAUAAUAUUUUAGGUAAGUUAGAAAUUUUAUCAAACCAAUUAAUUGCAUUAAAUAUUAAAGAACCAUCUUUACUCAAGAAAGAAAUUCAAAAUUUUGCUCUUUUCUUAACAAUGUUGAAGGAUAAUGUUCUUUUCACAUUGUUAGAAAAGAUUAUAACUACUGCAACCAUGGAUUAUCCUGGCAUCGAUUUAGAAGAACGUAGUGAAGAAUCUGAGGCUGUUAGAGAAUUAAGAUAUGCAUGCGGUAUCGAAUUAAAUAGAAUGGCUUUAUUGAUGCCAGAAUCUUUAAGGGCAAUAUAUUCAGAUUUGGAAAAUGUUGUUGUUAAAAUUAUGCCAAAUCUUUCUUAUCAUGAAAAAAUCUCCUUUAAAUCAUUUUUAUUAACAAUUACAUUAAAAUCUUCUCUUGAUAGAAAACAAGAAAGAUUUGCAGAAAUUGUGGAUCCAGAAUUAAUUGCAUGGUCUGAAAAGUCUACUGUAGUGGGCUUAUCAGAUUUACCAUGGUUUAUGGAAAGACUCGGCAUUGUGCAAAUUGCGGAAUAUUUCCAAAAGAGAGGUAUUAAACCUGAUAGUGACUUAUUAGCUAUACCAAUAGAUGAAGAAGGUAAGAAAUUAAAAAAUGAAUUAAGCAAACGUUGGCAAUCCUUAUUUCCAGUAAGAGCUACAAGAAUGUUUAUUCAUUAUUCAAUUCAGAGUAUCAAAAAUGAUGAAGAGUUUAAAAUGUUACAGGCACUUUGGAGACCUAGAAUUGUUCCAAUUUUACCAUAUAUUAUGAGACUAUUAUAUCAACUACAAGCAUAUCAUGACCCUGAUAAUUGGAAGGAACUCCCCGUUAUUGUUCAAUCAUUUGUAAAAUAUUCCACAGUAGAAAGGUUUUGGGAAGCUGGUGCAUCAAAUAAGUCUAAAGAUGAAUUUAUUGAUGAACAUAUGAAAGCAAUGCAAACUUUGAGAGAUUUUGCUGACUCUGUAGGUCAUAUUGUUAGAUAUACAAGAGAAUACACAUUGUUAGUAAUUAGUGCCAUCUCUUCUCUAGGAUCUGUAUUUUAUGAAUUGGACGAUGUUCCUAGAUUACUGUUAGAUUCCAUUGCAAUUUACAAACCUAAUAGUAAUAUUAUCAGUCCUGGUGUUUCAACACAUGGCUGGAAACAUAUAUUAAAUGUAGCAAUUAGACCAAUUUUGAAAAACUGCCCUAUGGAAUGUGCUAAUAAGUUUAUGCCUGCUUUUCUACCCUCUUUAUUUGACACCCUGGAUAUUUUAUUGUGUGAAAAAUGGUCACAUAUUAUUACAGAGAAUUACAAUGCUACUGGGCCAACAGAUGAUGAUGAAAUGACAGAAAAGAUCUUAGAAGAAAAUUUAACGAGACAAUUAACUACAGUAACUGUCCUUAUAUUAAUAGAUAUUAUUGGUCAAGUUGGUUCUAACUCAAAACAAAAAUUGAAUAAUUUACAAGCAAAGAUGAGAAAGAUUGUUUUUAAUGAUAUUACUAUGUUAGCAUCUUUCUUAAAACUAUUAAAUCACCUUAUAUCUUUUAAAGAUAGUAAAUGUUCUUUCAAUGCAAUCCUACUUAUGAAAUCCUGCUUGGCUGACAUUUUGAUUAAAGACGAAUCUGUUGAUCAAUUUUUCACCGUAGAAGUUAUGAGAACAUUGCUUACCACUUUAUUAUCACAAAAUGCUAACCGUGACUCUUUCUAUGAGGGAUUGUAUGUCUUUACGGUGUUAUUUUUAACAUUAUGUAGGGAAUAUGAAUCUACGAGGGAAUAUUUAAAAAACAUCUCUUACGGCUAUGAUAUUGAUGAAUUAUACGAGAAAGUUAGAAAAGUCGAAAAUUUCAAAAACCAAAGGCAAUUAAUGAUAGAAUAUUUUGAUCAUGUUAAGAGUGCCGGUGGUGCCUCUGAUGAUAUUGCAGAUACCCAUGGGGCUGUCGAACGUAGAAGACAAGAAAGGAGAGAGGCUAAUUUAAAGAGAGUAAAUGAAAAGUUAGUUCAAAAACAUAAAGAUCCCAGUGAUCUUUUAGAUGAUCCAUCUACAGAAAAUGGGGCAUUUGCUAACUUGUUUGGUGCAAAUUGA